AUGCGAAUUCAUUUGUAUUAUUAUUAUUAUUAUAUUGAUAAUUUACAAUUCGCAUUAAAUCUUUCCAGAAAAAUCACUUUCACCGCGAAUCGACUUCAAUUAAUAUUACUUUUCCUGUCCGCAUUUUCACUUGCGUGUCUCGGAAAUCAAGACGCUUCGGAUAUAUUAAAAACAUCAAUUCUACGGCAAAAUCUAUCGAAUAAAAAUUUACACUUGGAUCCGUUGUUGAGAAAAGCACUUUUAAGAGCUUUGGUCGAAUUGGAAAAAGAAGCCGAAGAAAAAUUACGAGCCGAAGAAUCGAGAGACAUAAGGUCUGAACCUAGAAACUUGGUCGGAAACUACGUCGAACGCAUCGAAGAGAGAAAAGAAGAAAUUCAGCAACCCGCGGAAUCAUCAGCUUUUUCAUCUUCGCUAAUUAAUGAUUUGAGUGCUCCAUCUCAUGAAGUAAAUAAUGGAAAUGAUGCGGAUGCUCCGGUUGAAAACACGACACCGAUUCCUCAAAAUACGUUUCAGUACUCGACAUCGCUUCCUUUGCAAGAGGAACGAAGUGCGAAUUUAGGACAAGAAUCGAAAGGUUCCGAUUCGACGAGCAAUCCGAGUAGCAUAGAAUCGAAUUUUAUUCCAAAUGAUGGGAGCAAAGAACAAAAUGCAAAUAACGAGAACGAAUCAAGUACGGAAAAUCAAAAAGAAAUUCAAAAAGAAGAUGGAAAAUCGAGUAACACCGCCAAUGAAGUUGAAUUAUUUAAAGCGCCUUUGCUAACUGCGUUCACGUUACAUCAGGACUCGAAAGGCACUCCUCACAGUGUCAUUCCAUUGUUAACUAAAGAACAGCAAAAUCUUCAACAAAGACAACAGCAACUUUUAGAACAGCAGUAUGCUCUCCUCAAACAACAACAAUUGUUACAAAAUCAAUUUAUACCAGGCGUUUCUCUCACACCUCUAGCUGCAGUUAAUCAAUUUGAUCAGUCUAGAUUUUUCUUUCCGGGAACUGUUGGUACAGCUUUUACUUCUGCCCCUGUAUUCCCACCAUUGGUUUCCAAUUCGAUACUUCAGCAAAGUUUCACUCCCAUUCCGUCUCAAUCAUUUCAUUCCCCAACAACGGCGGCUCCUUUUAAAGGAACUCAUCAAAACUUUCUGACAACUCUUCCACCGCAAAGAAUUUCCCCUGAAUCUUUCGCACAAAAUUUACUGCCGCCCCAAGAUUUCAACGGUGUGAACGUCGUUCAAUCGCACAGCAUUAAUUUAACUCCGACACCCGCACAAAGUUUUCCUGUGCAAUCUGUGACGCCUGCCCCUGGAUUGCAAUCACUUAAUAUCCCUCCCGUCACGUUGCCACUUCAAAACGAAGGUAGAUUUCAAACGCCAAUAAUUGUUCCCUCUUUGGAAACCAAUCCCAAUCCUGUUUUCUUAAAUAAUCAAGAACAGGAAAGGAUUAGAACUAGAUUGCUACUCGAAGAACAAAAUAGAAACAGAUUAAUUGAAGAACAAAGGCAAAGACAUAUACAAGAGCAAAAUAGACAAAGACAAUUGGAGGAAGAAAGACAAAGGCAAAUUUAUGAAACUCAAUUACGACUUCGACAACAGCGACAAGAAAACGGUGUAGAUUUUCAAAGAAGCGUUGGAUUUACCUUCAAUCACAAUGGUCCAUCAAACUUUAGACCUCCAGCUCGGGCACCUAAUAACUUUAAUUAUCACAUUCAACCGUCACAGAAUUUCGUAUCCCCGGUGACUUUUAGAAAUUCAGGAAAUCAACAUAGAGUAAACAGGCAAGAGGGAUUAGGAUCUACAGGAAAUUUCGGUUUUAACAAUCAGGGGAAUAAAAAUUUUGACAAUCGUAAUCAUUUUCAAUCCAACCAAAUUUACACGAGGUUACCAGAAUACAGAACGAUUCCUGACGAACAUUAUCGUAACACACCCAUAAGCAAUCAAUUUCAACAGGGCAACAGAUACUCCCAAUUCGGACCACAACAAACGAACACCUACACUGUUAACAAUGCAGAAAAUGUAAACAAAAAAUUACAAAGUCUUUUAUAUCAAUCUGGAGUAACAGGAAGUGGAUCAGGUCAAGAAGAUUUGAAUAUUGUUUCUAAGGUGUUGGCACUCAAUCACGAACGAUCAGAUCCCGAUGUAAAAGAUACAGUUUUAAGAAAUGAAAGAAGAAAAAGGAAAAGUUUGACAAUAGAAAACAUUAACGACCAAAAAAAGUAG